AUUUAUUUAUGUAGAUCAAUUCAAAGUAAUUCCAACAUCGCUCGUAUUGAACUUGAUCUUAUUUCUCGCAGCUCAAUUAGCGUACAUACAGAUCCGCCCAUUACGUGCCACCAUAUGGGGUGCUUUCCAGCCACGAGUAUGCGCAGUGUCAAGUAAACGCGCAGCCUCCGAGAUUGAAGAAAAGGCAGAACAGAAAGGAGGCAGCCCUGUGAACCCGUGUGGUGAUGCAUCGGAGUAGACACGUCGUGACUCUUGACGUUGAAAUAUCCACGACUACGUCCGAUGCCGACUAACCGGCCAUUCUCGACGUUCUCGUUCGCACGAUCACCUGGUUCGAUCUUGUCCCUGCCAUUCGUCCUCGAACUGAAUCGAUUAAUAAUUGUUGUUUAAAUCAUUUUGUCGGCAGUUUUUCUCUUCAACCGACGAGAAACACGGUAGUUCGCGUCGAAUCCGUCGUUGUCGUUGCCGUUUACCGCCGCCGAUGCCGCUACUGCCGCCGUCACCGCAUCCUCGGAUAUCCAUGACCGAGGGAAUAUAUAUUUAGAAAGGCAUACGGCGCUGGAGGAGGGACUGAGAAUCUGGAGCACGAACAGGUGGUGCAGUAUCAGUCGGGCAGCAGAGAGGAUAGAUGUCUGGGAAGAAGUAACAGAACGGUGGAUGGAAAGAGGUUCAAGAAAUCCGACACGAUAAACGCAUUCUAUACAGAGGAUUCUGGACAAUCAAUAUUUAUCGCGCGGAUCCAAAGAAAGUAUCCUUUUCCAACGACCUGUGAUUAUGCUCAGCCCAAAAAUGCAAAGAUCUGUGCGGGUGAAUGAUUCGCAGCUCGCCAUGCUCGCGGAGAAAGCUCGUUACGAUCAUUCGUUAAGUGGAUAUUUGCACAAACGCACUGCCGAUUUAGCCAAGUGGCAAUUACGAUGGUUCGUUUUAUAUCAGAAUUUGCUAUUCUAUUACGAAAACGAAACUUAUUCGAGACCCAGCGGUGUUAUUUUGUUGGAGAGUAGCUACUGCGAUCGUGUCAUGACCGUCAAAAGCACAGAACCAGAUAAACAGCACUGUUUUGUGAUAUCCUACAGGAGGGAGAACCAACGGCAAUACGAAUUAAAUGCAGCUACAGACUCUGACUGUAAAAUAUGGAUCGAUGCUAUACGAGAAGCUAGUUUCAACAAAUUGCGGUUGCAAAAGGAGGAACUUGAACAGAAGCACCUGCACCUGUUACAGAUUGUCGAGAGCGAGAAGACAGCUAAGUGGCAGUACACACAGCAAUGCGAGGAGUUCACAUCGGAAAUAAAAAAGCUCCGAGCGGAAUUGUGCGCUUUGAAGAAAGAGUUGAGGUCUGCAACUUCGUCGUAUACGAGAAGACCGAGAGUUCAAAGGACUAUGUCUCAAGACACUGGCAGUUUAUACAUGUCGGAAUCUGUUUUUGGAACUGCUGGACACGAUUCGGUAGUUACGUCGUUUGAAGAUAUUAGCGAGGUCGAAAUGCAAAAAAUUAAAAAAGUUCAAAGCUUCUUGAGAGGAUGGCUGUGUCGCAGGCGUUGGAAACAAAUUGUCGAGCAGUACAUUAAAAGUCCUCAUGCUGAGAGUAUGCGUAAGCGAAACAGUUUAGUGUUUCAGAUGGUAGAAGCUGAAGAAGAAUACACAGAACAAAUGGAAAUAUUAGUAAGCUGUUUCUUGAGGCCUUUUAAGAUGGCUGCUAGUUCAAAGAAACCCCCUUGUAAUCAUGAGGACGUGAAUAGCAUAUUUUUGAAUAGCGAAACACUGUUAUUCCUUCAUCAGAUCUUCCUGAAGGGUCUCACUUCUCGUAUGGAGAACUGGCCCACUUUAGUUUUAGGUGAUUUGUUCGACAUGUUACUACCAAUGUUAUCAAUUUAUCAAGAAUACGUCAGAAACCAUCAUUACAGUCUUCAAGUAUUGACUGAGUGCAAGCAGUCAUCAUCUGCGUUCGCUGCAUUGCUUAUUAGAUCAGAAAACAAGAUUGCUUGUGAAGGACGUUCACUAGAGACCUUUUUAACGUAUCCUAUGCAUCAGAUUCCAAGAUAUAUCAUUACACUGCAUGAACUAUUGGCACACACACCCCACGAUCAUGUUGAACGGAAAAGUUUAGAAAACGCGAGGCAACAAUUAGAAUAUUUAUCGAGACAAAUGCACGAUGAGGUGAGUGAAACGGAAAACUUACGAAAAAAUUUAGCUGUAGAACGAAUGAUCGUAGAAGGCUGCGAUAUUUUACUCGAUGUCAAUCAAGUAUUUGUCAGACAAGGUACACUCAUUCAAAUCUUGGAUAAGCCAAAAGGAGCACGAAAUAAAUUGAACGUGACUUUCGGUGGUAGAAGUGGUGAUAAGGAAACAAUCAGGCAGUGCUUCCUCUUUUCUAAUCACUUGUUACUAACGACGCGUCAAUCAAACGGCGAUGGUCGUUUGAAUCUUGUCCCACAAAUCGGAAAAAUACCACUUUCCGAUGCAGUGUUAGUGGAAGAUCCUAACGAACCGAGUAUCGCGGAUGAUGAUGAACUCUCAGUAUGUUCGAUGUCCAGUGGUGUGAGUGAGAGUAGUGGAAGUGGUAGCGGAAGUAUCAGUACACAACUGCAAAACCGUGACUUCAAAAUUAUAUUCGACGUGAAAUGUGGCGGACCUCAAGUUACCAUACAUCUCGUAGCUCCUACUAUUCAGGAGAAAGCUGCUUGGAUAAGCGAUAUCAGCCACUGUAUGGAUAACGUUCAUUUGAACGAUUUACUUCAAGGAUUGUGGUCGGACUCUAGUUCUGUCACGAUGCCUGAAGCUAUCGAAAACGAUUCGAAAUUAUUCAACGAUGACGUCGACAUCAAAUUCAGCAAGACUUUAAAUUCCUGCAAGAUCCCGCAAGUUCGAUUAGCCACACCUGAACGUCUACUUCAACGUCUGAUGGAUCUGAGAUUUCUUAGUAUCGAUUAUCUCAAUACGUUUCUGACAACGCAUCGAGUGUUCAUCGAUAGUGUCUCUGUGAUAGAAACCUUGAAGAAAGCGCUUUAUGAAGCUGAGCCACCUGAUGCUGAGAUGCCUACUGAUUCCCUCGUAUCUUUGGAUGUAUUGGGAGAAAAUACGACAAAUUCACAACUGCACGUGGACGAUAAAAAACGAAGCAUCCUCUCACCACGCAAAACUAGUGGAGCUAGUUCAGUUUCUGGAUAUGGCUCCGAAAUAAGUGACAGCCGUGAGGUAAAAAGUCACGUUUCUGAUGAUUCUAACAUUGGUGGGCAUACACUUAAUUCAAAGGGAUGUUGGCGCAGUGGUGGAUAUAAACAAGACGACGAGCAACAACUAAGUUUGAUUUCGGAGACACCUUCAAUUAUAAAACGAAGUCCUACUAUUCAAUCGUCCACUGUGUCCGUUGACACUCAUUUCCCUGCAACGCCACGAAAAAUCAAUAUUCGCGUGGACAAAGAAAAAGAUAAAGAAAACGAUGGCCGUCAUUUAACAAUACCAAAAGUCAUUGCUGUUUCGUCGAGUUCUGAGACUCUCACGGAUAAUACAGUAGUAAGUGCACCUUCCUCUCCAAGUAAUCUUAGUUCUGUUACAUUGGUUGGAUCAACUGGUUCCGGAUCAGGUUCUGGAUUGGAUCGAAGUCUACAAAAUGGUACUUACUCACGUAAUACUUCCGAAGAAACGGAUACAUCAGCGGCAACUGAUCUUUCAAAAGAAGACGGACAGUUUAUCUACAAGCAACUCGAGUCUGAAGCAUCAAAGGAAGCAGAGGAAAGAGCAGACGUAGAAAGUCUUACAACGUCAGAAGCAACACCCAUUGAAAAAACCGAAAGUAAAAUAAGCAAAGAACAGAAAGAGAAACAAUCUAAAAAGGGACUUGAAACUGAUAGUUCAUUAAUACAACUUCUUCAACAAAAUCAACAAGAUCAGCAAAAUCAACAGACUCAACAGAGAUACCAACAUAGGGCAUCAAUUGUCUCUGCUCCUGCGGGUACUGCAAGAAGUAGCUCGAUUUCUACGAUAACUGGAAAUUAUUGGACGAGCAGGCGAUCGAUUCAAGAGAACCAAUUGUCUUUCCAACAAAACAAUUUUCAGUACGAACAGGUCUCCAGCAAAGCUGGAGUUGUGAUUACCAGUUCUCGCCAGAGCCAUCGAAGCGUUGGACCUGUACAUGUCUGGAGCAGUACAUCAACGGCUGCAACUGCAUUUGCAAUUGCAACAUCUGCGUCAAGCAACCCGCCAGACAAGAACACUGAUAAGGAUAAUCGCAGCGGCUCUUGUGACAAAAGCAGAUGGAAGGAAUCGGUUAUGUCAACCGCAACCAUGAUGCGAGUCUUAAAAGUUUUGAGGCAUUGGAUCUCAAAACAUCCUCAAGACUUCGAGUCUGAUCAGAGGUUGAAAAAUUUAACAAUCAAGUUCCUCGAAGAUAUCAUUCACUGGCCUAAUCUCCUUCCCGCUGAACACAAAGCCGUGAGCCAACUUCUUCGAUUGAUCUCGAAGGAACAACUGGAGAAUAACGAAGAAGAACUGAGAAUUCUAUUGGCUCCUCCUACUAUGAAAAUUAAGCAAACUAUUGAAACGCUCUCGCCACUUGAAAUUGCAGAACAGAUGACGUAUUUGGAUCACAAGAUUUUUAUGGCUCUUUCGAGCAAAGAGUUUCUUGGACAGGCAUGGUUAAAAACUGACAAAGCUACACGCGCUCCCAACAUUUCGCUACUGACGAAAAGAUUCAACGAAGUGUCACAAUUGGUUGCUUCCGAAAUUGUUAGACGGAAGAGUGUGCCAGCGAGAGUUGCAAUGAUCGAGAAAUGGGUUACAAUCGCAGAUUGCAACAAAAAUUUACACAAUUACAACGGGAUAUUACAGAUUUGUGCAGCUUUCUCGAACAGCAGUGUUUUCAGAUUGAAAAAGACCUGGGACAAAGUUCCAAAAGCGACGAUUCAAAUGAUGGAAAAACUGCAAAAUAUCGUGUCGUCAGAUGGACGUUUCAAAAAUCUGAGGGAAGCUUUACGUCGAUGCGAUCCACCUUGUAUCCCUUAUAUAGGAAUGUAUCUAUCUGAUCUUUCUUUCAUAGAAGAGGGUACCCCAACUACGACCGAAGACGGCCUUUUGAACUUUUCCAAAAUGAGGAUGAUUGCCCACGUGAUUCAAGAAAUACGUCAAUUCCAGCAAGGAUCGUACAACAUCGAACCGAUAGCGAGGAUUAUGAAUUAUCUGUUGGAUCCAUCGUUGCAGAUCGACGACGAUAAUUUAUAUCGCAUGUCCUUGGAAAUCGAACCAAGAUCAUCCAAGCUAAAUAGUUCAAGCUUACUUCAUCUGACAUCUUCCGUCGACCACAAAUCUAAAAAACAAAUUUAAGUAUCUACUUCAGUUACAAUUAAUAUUAAGUUACUUCAAUUAUCAAUACGUAAUUUAUAUUUGUCUUAUCUUUCAGCUAUUUUGCAAAUCAAGUUGCCUGAGCAAUUACUUCACCGCUGUUGCUUCGUGACUAAUUCUAAGUCAUUAGGCCAGUCCGUAAAGGCUACAUUGUAUAUAGAUAAUUGUUACAUACGCCAGAUGUAGAAUCAAAUGGGUGUGAUGGGAAUGGCUCAUUAUCAACAGGUCUGCGUACAGAAUCAACGUAAAAAUGUUUCAAAUUUCAUAUUUACACUUUGUAAACGAUUAAGUUUAUUGUUUUUUUUUUGUUUUUUUUCAUCUUGAUUUCUUUUCCUAUUUUUUUUUUUUUCAGUUGUUUUCCUCAUUUAGAACAGACCUACUGGUAGCCCGUCAAUCAUACCAUCUCUAUUGCCCUCCUAAUGAGUCAUCCCCAUAUUCAUCUGAUAAUGAGUAAGACUCACGUCUUGUACACGGAUUAGAUUAGUGAAGAAACUGGAAGACUAAUGACAGGAAUCGUGAAACAAUGGCAGGAAAGAAGUUGCUCAGGCCUGUUCUACUAUAAGCGCUUCAGAAUUUAUCGAUUUCAAAAAAUAAAAAAAAUAGAAAAAUUUAUUUCUCCAGAGAUUGCUGCAAAAUCAAUUAAAACUAGUCUCGAACGUGUUAACUCGUUGCCUUGCAAUUCUGUUUUCGUUCUUUUAUUGUAUUUUUUUUUUUUCGUCGAUAGUAACAGCCAUUAAUUAUCAGAUAAUAAAUAUUGAAAUUUUAUAUAUAUUUGUACUUAUUAAUCUUCAAUGUAAAGAAAUUAAAUUUCGAAUUCAAAUCCCAUAUUUUCUCUUUUAACCACGAGCGUGACUUGAUUACAAGAUAAUUUGAGGGUUAAUUUAUUUUAGAAAGAGAAUCAAAAGAUUUGCCACCUGUUUGUUUGGAGAAAAAAAAGAAGUAAAAUUUAAGUUUAUGCAUUGAUUUUCAAUAUUGAUUACAUUCGAACAUUUAAAUUGCUUUUUAUUCAAUGUAUCAUUUCCUGAAAUGGAAUUAGAAUGAAAUAGAAUAGUGGAAUAAAAUUUCAGAAAAUGAUACAUUAUAUAUUUUUAUGUAUAAUUUAUUAACUUAUAACCCGUUAUAUAUUGAAAUAUGGUAAAACCUGGCGUAUAAAUGUGACACAUGUUUUAACACAUUUUCCGCAGACGUGGACAUCGAAACGAGCUAUUUUUCAAUGACUACUUUUUGAGCUAAUCAUUCUCUAUCGAUGAUUCAGAUGAUACAUUUACAUUGUAUAAAUAUAUCUAUGACGAAAGAAUAAUAUGUAUUUAGUUAUUGUACAUACAAUGAAAAGCAUAAUUGUACAAAUGACAAUGAAAAAUUAUCGAUAAUUUAUUGACAUAACUUUGUAAAAAAGAAUCAAAGUAACGAUCAAAGUAAAAGCUGAGAUCAAGUGGAUUGUCGUACGUCCUGUUUUUACAAAGUUAUAUCAACUUGAAUUAUCGACAAUUUUUUCAUUCUUAUUAGUACAGUUAUGCUUUUCACUAUGUAUACGAAAUAUAUCGCUCAAAAAUGUUGUUGAAAGUGUAUGUAAAUAAAUGUUGAAAGUAAAUAGACUAUAAGCUGCGCGAUUUACUUGAACCAUGUAUGAGACUUUAACGUUAAUAUUUUCGUUAAUGACAAAUACGCAAGAUUACUCACUCUGAAAUUUAUAAAUUA